AUGAUGCCAGACCCAAGGUCACUCCCCAAGCCCAUCCUCAGGGCCUGGCCCAGCUCGGUGGUCCCUCCCAAGAGCAACGUGAGUCUGAGAUGCUGGGCUCUGACCAGGGCUGCAGACUUUGCCUUCAGAAAGGGAGGAUAUCACCUGGAUCCCGUACAGUCACCUGAUCCUACAGAGAGCCACGCUGACUUGCUCCUCACUGAUGUACAGCACAGUGAUUCCGGGGAGUACACUUGUGAAUACCGUGAUGGACACCGGACUUCCCUGAGCAGUGAUGUCCUUCUCCUUCUGGUUACAGGAACUAUACCUAAGCCUUCCCUUCAAGCCCAUCCAGGACGUGAGGUGACUGCAGGACAAAACGUGACCCUGCAGUGCCAGACGCCAGACGGUGUCAUUGGUUAUGACGUUGCCCUUCUGAAGGAAGGAACUUCAGCACCCACACAGCAGCAGAAACCAGCAGGAAGUGUGGCAGAGUUCUCCCUUCAGACUGUGACCAUCAACGACACUGGGAACUACAACUGUGUCUACUACCAGACAAAGGCCCCUUUCUGGACCUCACGCCCCAGUGAUAGUCUUGAGAUCUGGGUGACAGCUUCCCGAAAUACCACUCCGACAGAUUACACCACGUUUAACGUCACUUGCCUGGGUCUGUCUGUCAUCAUUCUGGUUAUUAUGGGGGCUUUCCUGGCUGAAGCCUGGCACAGCCAGAAGGAGUCUCCAUGUGGAACCAG